ACUGUGCAAAAUGGCGGUGAAUGCAAGCACAAACACAGCUGCCUUUGACUGCCCGUCAUGGGCAGGAAAACCUCCACCUGGACUCCAUCUGGAUGUGGUUAAAGGAGACAAAUUAGUCGAGAAGUUGAUUAUUGACGAGAAAAAGUUUUAUCUGUUUGGGAGGAACCCAGACCAAUGUGAUUUUACGAUAGACCACCAGUCAUGCUCACGUGUCCAUGCUGCGCUGGUCUACCACAGACACCUGAAGAGGGUCUUUCUCAUCGACCUUGGCAGCACCCAUGGCACAUUUCUGGGCAGAAUUCGCCUUGAGCCCAACAAACCUCAGCAGGUGCCCAUCGACUCCACCAUGUCGUUUGGGGCGUCCACGCGAGUUUACACCCUGAGAGAGAAGCCUCAGACACAGAGCAGCUCGACCGCUGGAGACAGUAAAGGAGUGGAGGACGAGGAGCUGAAGGGAUUGCUGGGACUGCCAGAGGAAGAGACAGAGCUCGAGAACCUGACUGAAUUCAACACGGCUCAUAACAAACGCAUUUCUACACUCACCAUCGAGGAAGGAAACCUGGAGAUCCAGAGACCCAAGAGGAAAAGGAGAAGCUCAAGAGUGUCUUUUAGUGAAGAAGAGGAGAUCAUAAACCCAGAGGAUGUGGACCCGUCUGUAGGACGCUUCAGAAACAUGGUGCAGACAGCUGUCGUUCCCAUGAAGAAAAAGAAACUGGAAAGCCACAGCACGCUGGGAUUGGACGAAAGCGUAGCACGUCGGUUACAGAACUUCCCCCUCAGUGCUGGUCUCUACGGCGACCUGCCGCCCACCAGUCACGAGCCAGGCGGACAAGGGGGCGGAGGUCAGGGAGGAGGGGCUUCUGCCAUCAUGGGCGGGAUGCCUCUGCCCUUCCCCAACCCCGCGCCGGAGGUGGAUCUCUCGCCCACCACAGUGCAGCCUCCCGCCAUGUUGAACCCCACCCCUGCUCCUGGACCCUAUUCGGCCGAGCCACUCAACGAGCCUCGCAAGAAAAAAUAUGCCAAGGAGGCGUGGCCUGGCAAAAAGCCCACCCCCUCCCUGCUGAUUUAAACACAAACCACAUAUGACAGAACUUUAUACUUGCAACAUUUCUGAGGCAUACUUCAAAUACAUAAUUCUGUUAGCAGACUAAAGUUGACACUAUAAACUCUGAUUGCAUCUGUCGGGGAGAGGGGAUAUCACAAAGAAAUAUUUAUGAUUCUGCCCCAUAAUUGAAAGGAAAACAAAUCCAUAUUGCAUAAUUAUGACAAUUAAAUACGUUUUUUUUUUUUUUGCAUUAUGACAUUUUCUUCAGAAUAACAUUUGUCUUCCCAAAUUCACAUGAAUUAAAAUCAUCAUGUCUGAAAUUAUUAUUAUUUAAUUAUUUAAUAUAAUUUAUCAAAUGGAAGUACAACAACUUUUUCACAUUAGUGAGAAAAUGUUCAAUUAUGGAAGGUCAUAAUGCAAAGAAAUCUUGCUAUUUACUUCAUGCUAAAUCUAAUAACCCGGACAUGUUUUUUUUUUUUUAAGGCUUCAUGAGGUUUACCUGGCCAACAUGUACAACACAACCAGUCAAAAGUUUGGAAAGAUUACGUUUGCUUUAUUUCUUUUGAAAGAAGUCUCUUACCAAGGCUGUAUUUAUUUGAUCAAAAACACAUCGAAAGUAGUAACAGUACUGUGAAAUAUAACAAUUAAAACUACGUUUAGUGUAUUUGAUUAAUUAAAUUUAGCGUCUUGCUGAGCAUUAUACAUUUCUUUCAAAAUAUUUCAAUUUCUUCCAAACUCACUGGUUGAUUGUUUCAGGCUUUCCUGAGAUAAAUGUCGACCGACUACCAUAGGAAAGCUAGGACCGGAUUCAGUAGAUGUGGGUAUCACUGCGUUUUAACAACAACAUGUAUUUAUUACAUACACUCUAAAAAUGCUGGGUUGUUUUAACCCAACUUUGGGUCAAAUAUGGACGAACCCCAAACGUUGGGUUAAAAAUGUAAUUAAAAAAUGUAACCCAAUGGCUGGGUUUGUCCAUAUUAAAACAACCCAGCAUUUUUAGUGUAGAAUUUGUUUUAAAGCCCUCUGCAAACGUGCCACAGAAUUUGCUACUGAACUUUCAUGUAAGUUUGCUAUUAAAAAGACGUUUUCAUAUUACGUAUUUGAAGUACAAACCAAAUGUUACAUUAAAACGUUAAGCUAUAGGAAUUAAGUCCGUUUGAGCACAGUGUUUAAUCUAUUUCACUGAUUGUAUUACAACAUUUUUUAUGAAAUGGUUCAGAAUACUGAGGCUGUGUAUUCAGUGGCUUAUAAAUACAAAAAGAUGAAGACAGAACAAUUUGUGUCUAAACGCUGGGAGUUGCCUUGUAAUGUGAACUGUUUUGUUAAAUGUUUUAUAUAUAUUUUUUAUAUCUGAAUGUGAUGGACUUGAGUGAAAAGCACAGAUGAAAAAGACUAAACAUGGAAUUCCUGUUAUUGUUGGAUUAUUUGUCUAAUAAACAGUAUUCCUUGCCCUUAG